UAUUUAUUAUUAUUAGCAUGUACCAUGCACUACCUAUGUAAUUAGUUACUUAGUACCUAGAUAUGUAAAUUUAAACUGUUAGAUAUACAGACUUAAAAAUUUUAUAGCCUGUAGGUUACUUAUUAUAAAUGCUUACCUAUUUUAUUAGGUACCCUAUUGAAGUCUGACAUUUAUUAAACAUUACCCUUCGAUUUGAUCUGUGGUUGUGAGUAAUUCAAAUAAAAAAAAAAUUCAUACCUACAGUUCACUUCUAUCAUGUAUGAAGUUCACAUCCUUUUUGUAGGCUAUUGCCGGCCGACAGAAGGUGGUAUGUUAGCCAAUUGUACGUGCACAUUAAUUAAAGGUCCUAAAAACAUAAUUGUUGAUACUAUGACUCCAUGGGAUGGUAAGAAUUUAAUAAAUGCUAUUGAAAAACAUGGUAUUGGAUGUGAUGACAUUGAUUAUGUAGUUAGUACUCAUGGUCAUUCUGAUCAUGUAGGUAACAAUAACUUAUUUUUAAAUGCUAAACAUCUGGUAGGCCGAUGUGUUAGUUACAAACAGAUGUACUAUGAUGACAGUAAAUUUUUCAACAGUGAUGGUGUAUAUGAAAUUGAUGAGAGUCUUAGAAUUAUCUCAACCCCUGGACAUACACUGACUGAUGUAUCUGUUAUCGUUCAAACCGCCAAAGAAUUAAUUGCAGUUGUAGGUGACUUGUUUGAAAAUGAAGAUGAUGUAAUGGAUGAAUCUAUUUGGUUAAAUGCUGGUAGUGAAAAUCCAGAUUCACAGAAAAAAUUUAGAAAAGCUAUAAUGGAACAAGUGGAUUGGAUUAUACCAGGUCAUGGUGCCAUGUUUUCUACUAAGAAAUACAAGUGAAUAAUUAUUAUUAAAUGUUUAAAAUUUUAUCAAUAAUCUUAACUGUUUAAUUUAUAUUAACACCUCUCAGUCCUAUUAUAUUAUAAUUAUUUUAUCUGUACAAAAUAUACUGUAAACAAUUGUAAGGAAUUAUUGACAAAUAUGAUGAUAUUACAAUUAUUAGUACUUAUUUUUAUAUGCCUUACAAUAUUUUUUUUUACAAACAAUAUUUAUGUACCUAUG